AGUUAGUCGGUCGUUAUCCUUGAAAUUCAAGCAUACUUACUUUGAUUACACACUACCAGUAUUCUAUUGCUAAUUUAAACUCCAUUUUAACACAUUUUAUAGACUCCAAUUCGUAGAUCUGAAUCUUUCCUCUUCCAGCUGAAGUUGAAAUGGAGAAGAUUGCGCCGUGGCUAUUGGCGGUGAUUCUUCUCGCCCUUUGCUCCCUUCCUCAGAUCAGAUCCGGUGCCUCCGACCACCGGUAUAAAGCCGGAGAUGAAGUUCCUCUCUAUGCCAAUAAAGUAGGGCCAUUUCACAAUCCCAGUGAGACAUAUCGGUAUUUUGAUUUCCCGUUCUGCUCAGCAGGUCCUGUGAAAGAGAAGAAGGAAGCUCUUGGUGAAUUGUUGAAUGGGGAUAGAUUAGUCAGUGCCCCCUACAAACUUGACUUUUUGGCAGAUAAAGACUCUGAAAUUGCUUGCAAAAAGAGGCUCACGAAGGAAGAAGUGGCUAAGUUCAGAGAUGCAGUUUCAAAGGACUAUUACUUUCAAAUGUAUUAUGAUGACCUGCCCAUAUGGGGUUUCUUUGGGAGAGUUGACAAGGAGGGCAAGGCUGAUCCUAGCGACUACAAAUACUACCUCUUUAAGCACCUCAUAUUUGAGAUAUCAUACAAUAAGGAUCGCGUUAUUGAAAUCAUUGCACGAUCUGAUCCAACUGCUGUUGUAGACAUAACGCAAGAUGAAGAAGUUAAUGUGGACUUUAUAUGCUCAGUUAAAUGGAAGGAAACAGAUACUUCAUUUGACGAUAGGAUGAAGAAGUACUCGCAAUCUUCUUCACUGCCACAUCAUUUGGAAAUUCAUUGGUUCUCAAUUAUAAAUUCUUGUGUGACCGUCCUUCUCUUGACUGGUUUCCUUGCCACGAUUCUCAUGCGUGUCUUAAAGAAUGAUUUUGUCAAGUAUGCUCAUGAUGAGGAAUCAGCUGAUGACCAGGAGGAGACUGGGUGGAAGUACAUUCAUGGUGAUGUAUUCAGGUAUCCAAAGUAUAAAUCUUUGUUCUCAGCAGCACUUGGUUCUGGCACCCAGCUAUUUACACUUGCAAUUUUUAUUUUCAUCCUUUCUUUGGUUGGUGUGUUUUAUCCUUACAACCGGGGAGCACUAUUCACUGCACUGGUUGUCAUAUAUGCACUUACUUCUGGUAUUGCUGGCUAUACUGCUGCCUCUUUCUAUUGCCAGCUGGAAGGAACAAACUGGGUGAGAAACUUAUUGUUGACUGGAAGCCUGUUUUGUGGACCUCUUUUCCUCACAUUCUGCUUUCUUAAUACUGUUGCAAUCACUUACAAUGCCACUGCAGCCUUGCCAUUUGGAACAAUUAUGGUGAUUUUCCUUAUAUGGGCACUCGUAACAUCUCCUUUGUUAGUACUGGGUGGAGUUGCAGGGAAGAAUAGUAAGGCUGAGUUUCAGGCUCCUUGUCGCACCACAAAAUAUCCUAGAGAGAUUCCACCAUUGCCUUGGUACAGGAAAACUCUUCCUCAGAUGGCCAUGGCAGGGUUCUUGCCAUUUAGUGCCAUCUAUAUUGAACUGUACUACAUAUUUGCUAGUGUCUGGGGUCACAGGAUCUACACCAUAUACAGCAUCCUGUUUAUUGUGUUCAUCAUUCUCUUGAUUGUUACGGCUUUUAUCACAGUGGCUUUGACUUAUUUUCAACUAGCUGCUGAAGAUCAUGAGUGGUGGUGGAGGUCCUUCCUUUGUGGUGGGUCAACUGGGUUGUUCAUCUAUGCCUACUGCCUGUAUUACUACUAUGCAAGAUCAGAUAUGUCUGGUUUUAUGCAAACCUCAUUCUUCUUUGGCUACAUGGCUUGUAUUUGCUAUGGUUUCUUCCUAAUGCUUGGGACUGUUGGUUUCCGCGCUGCUCUGUUCUUUGUCCGCCACAUUUACCACUCAAUCAAGUGCGAGUAGGAAGUGGAUCAUUUUCCAUUCUUUUUUGACAGGGAUAUUUGCAGUACUGGGAUAUUCAUCUGUGAGUUAUCUUUGAUUGGAGAAAUCAUCUAGGAUGACCAGAUUCACGGUGGCCUCGACUGGACACUCAAAUCUGGAUCCUAUUAGGUUCUAGAUAUAUUAUAUUCUAGCUGAUUUGGGCAAAUUUGAUAUUAGAGGGAACUUGAAGGCAUCUAAAAAAUGUAUUGUUGUUAUAUUUACUUUGAAUCUACUCUCUAUUUUCAUUUUUGAUUGAUAAUAUCAUCGCUGGAAAUUACCUUGA